AGAAACGAACCCCCAAACCCCUCCUCUCAUAAGAAACAGAAAGGGGAUAAAAAAAAAAGAGAAAAAAAAGAGAAAUCUCUCCAGUUUCUUUCCACAGACACCCCCCUGCCACCACCUCCUGUUUCACAAUGAUCUAACUAAGAAAGAAUGGUCCUCUGGAAGUCUGUCAACUGGACACCACGUGUUGAUCAUCAAUAUGUCUCUGCAUCUCUGACGGAUAAUGAGGCAGUAUCGUGCACAAACAGACGCCCCCACCAUGGGUGUCCUACCAGAAAACCCCUUCAGAGUCUUCCAAAGCGUGCUGUAAUAUUUAAAACUUUGGCGUCCCGGGAGCUGCCACGAGCCCAGCAGAAGCAGAGGUUUCUAAGAGCUGACGUCACAUCACGUUCAGCUUCAACCUGGAGCGGGCUGGAGGCCUGGAAAUCACCGCUGAGAACUUCAUGGAACGGUUAGACAAUGGCUUCCUGUUGUGCCAGCUGGCUGAGACACUACAGGAGAAGUUCAGGCAGAGCAACGGAGACCUGCCCCCCCCUGGAAACAGCCAGAAGAGAAUCCCUUGCCGGAGGAUACCGUGUCGUCAGAGCGCUCCGUCUGGCUCCUUCUUUGCACGGGACAACACAGCUAACUUCCUGGCCUGGUGCCGUGAGAUCGGAGUCGGAGAAACAUGUCUCUUUGAGUCCGAGGGGUUAGUUCUUCACAAGCAGCCGCGGGAGGUGUGCCUCUGUCUUUUAGAGUUGGGCCGGAUAGCAUCACGGUACAACGUCGAGCCUCCGGGGCUCAUAAAGCUGGAGAAGGAGAUUGAACAAGAAGAGAAGUCACCUCUACUUUCUCAAUCGCCCGUGACCCCGGCUCAGCCCCUCGCUCCAUCUCCCUCUACGUCUCCCUCUCCAUCUCCUUUACCGUCCACAACUCCAAACAAAGGGACUUGUAGCAAAAAGAGCACCGGGAAGCUGCUGGACGAUGCUGUAAGACACAUCGCCGAUGAUCCUCCCUGCAGGUGUGUCAAUAAGUUCUGCGUGGAGAGACAGGCGCAGGGCCGCUACCGCGUUGGGGAGAAGAUGCUCUUCAUAAGGAUGCUGCACAACAAGCACGUGAUGGUCCGGGUUGGCGGAGGCUGGGAGACCUUCGAGAGCUACCUGCUCAAACACGACCCCUGCCGCAUGCUCCAAAUUUCCCGGGUGGAGGGCAAGAUAUCCCCCAUCAGCACCAAGUCCCCCAACAUCCGGGACCUCUCCCCCGACAGCUACCUGGUGGUGGCGGCCCACUAUCGCACCAAGAAGUAAAGACAUGAGGCCGCUGACAACAGGACACGGGGGAUGACCUUGUGUUGUUUGUGUCAAUAACAAGGGGGUGUGGCUAAUCAACAUUAUUUUUUCUUUUCUUAACAGAAAUAAUAAAGCUAUAGCUGAGCUACAAGCAAAGAAAGCAACACUAUUAAAUAGUAAUGAUUUGAAUCUUUUUUUUCCCAAAGAGGAGUAGUGAGAACAAAAUAAGACCGGACUCAGUCUUAACAAUGUGUCAUUGUACGUUGCUGAAAACAGCUUUGAAAAAUAUUUUUAUCUUUAGAUGGAUGGAAUGGGUCUUGUACAUUUUCCUCGUCGUGGUUGAGGUAGCUGGAGUUGGUGGAGGGAUGUUUGCUCGUGUUACAAACACUAUUUAGUGGAAUGAAAUGAAGCAAGUGAUGGAGUAAGUGAGCUCAGUGUUCUGGGUCACAUGAGAGAGAUUUUUUUAUUUGUGUGUACUAGUAAAGCCUAAGAGGACAUUAUUUUUACCACUGGCAGGUUUUAGAUGUGCCAGCGGACUGACUUUUAUACUUGUGUGUUACGGCACACCGCAGCAGUGGGCACGGCCUCCAGCUCAGACUAAAGAAAAUUUAAUAAGAGUGAAAGUUUAUAAUCCAAACAACAUGCAGAGCUUUACGUAACGCUUGUGUAGCGUUCUUGUCCGUUUUUCUUCAUAAUUCUACUUGGCAAAGGGAAGCUGUGUUCAUAUCCUGAACAAUUGUUGAAUGAUUAGUCAUGUAAUGCAGUUUUAUAUCAUUAUGAUUCAUCUGGAUUAGUUUACAUCAGAAGAGCUGAGUCGUGUCUGCUCAGACAACUCAAUGGUAUCCAAGUGAAAUGCUUUGAUUUGUGAUUUUCAAACCCAGAGUCGAUCUAUUGAGUCUCAGUUUGUUGCAUGUUGCUGACCUCUAGAGGAGGUCCGGCCACGUUCAUGUGAAGAUGUUCAGCAUCAUGUUGGGAUUGUAACACCAGACAUUUUAAACAUGAACACAAGAGUGAUUCCCAGAGUUAUGGAUAAUGUUCUUCAUCUGUUUGAAUGUAUUCCUCCGUUUUAAUGGGUUGGGUUGCUGUAUGACCCCAGGGUUGUGUUUGUAUGUGAGAGGGUCAGCUUCCAUGUCUAGGUAGAACACUUCAAUAAAUGUUCGACCCUUGACUUCA